UAUUACUACUCCUCGUCCUGUGUGCACGGGAUGCAGUGUGGUAACGGGAGCUGUGUGUGGGAGUCUCAGUGGUGUGAUGGAGUGACAGACUGUCCUGCAGGCCAGGAUGAAGCAAACUGCGUGAGGCUGCAUGGCUCCAGUUUCCUGCUCCAGAUCUACUCGACUCAGAGCAAAAACUGGAGGACGGUUUGUUCUCACGGUUGGACCGACCAGCAGGGGAGAGCCAGCUGCCAGCAUGUUGGAUACAGCAGGGGCACAUAUUUUAAAUCAGGCCAACAGAAGACUGAUUCUGAUGAUGGAUUCUUAAUUGUGAAGUCUGACGUCAACCCCGAGGCAUCCAUACUGCAACAGCUCGGGCUCAGGGCCUCUGGUGGCCAGCUGGCCUCUCCAGGGGCCUGGCCAUGGCAGGUCAGCCUGCAGCUUUCAGGCUCCCACAGAUGUGGAGGAGCCAUCAUCUCCCCCUACUGGAUAGUCACAGCAGCAAACUGUGUUGCCAUGGCCUCCAGCCCUGGAGACUGGGCAGUGUAUGCUGGGAUAGCGGAUCCAUUAGGCACUCUGUUCAACCCUGCUUACUCUGUGAGCCACAGUAUAGCCCAUGAAGGCUUCAACAGCGUCACUUGCAGGAAUGACAUCGCUCUGAUGAGGCUCUCUAAACCUCUGGACAUCACAGUCUCCAGUAAUAUUGGACCUGUGUGCCUCCCAAAUGUCGGUGUAAGCAUCGCUGAUCCUCAGAAGGGCUGGAUAACACGAUAUGGUUGCACAGUAAACGGAGCCUCUGGCUUUCCACACCUGAUGGAGGCUCAGGUUUCUCUUAUAGAUACUGCAGACUGCAACAGCUCCAUCACUUACCAUAGCAGGAUAUCACAGGACAUGUUAUGUGCCAGAGAGACGGAGGCAGUAGCCAACUACAUGUGCCAUACUGACAGCGGCGGCCCUCUGAUGUCCCUGAAGGAUGGCGUAUGGUGGAUCAUAGGGGACAGUAUUUGGGGGGAACACUGCACUGAGCAGAAUAAACCAGGUGUUUAUGGCAACGUCACCUAUUUUCUGGAUUGGAUCUACCAUCAGAUGAGGAAGCAUCAAGAUGACUGAUGACAGGACCAACGAUUUACCAUGUGAGAUGUUUGUGUACAAAAGUGUG